AUGACUUUGUCGCAGCAUCUCGACAGCCGUUUCCGUCUUGCACGCGACAUGCAUGCCACAGGCGAUGCAGCUACGGCGGAGCUGCGACAGCUGCUGACAGCCGACGGACUUUCGGGGAGGAUUACGCUCACCACAGACAUUUGGACUAGUGAGAACGGCCUAGCUUUCAUGGUGGUGACAGCGCACUGGGUCACGAGCGACUUCGGGCUGCAGCAGGCCAUUCUCGACUUCAGGCCGCUGGAGGGUGCCCACACUGGGGACAAGAUAGCGAAGGAGUUGGAGGAGGUCAUUGUGGAGUGGGGACUAGGUGGUGCGUUCUUCGGCGUGACCACGGACAACGCUGAGAACAACAAUCAGCUGACCGUGGCGGCACCAAGCAAGCUGGAGCGCCACAUGACACUCGACCUGGACGAGGAGAGGGUGAAGUCGCUGGUGCGGGAGCGCCUUCCACAGUACCAGGUUGCGUCGGCUGCGGCGACAGAGACACGCCGUAGGGGUGAGGUUACGAGUGUCAGGGGAGCGGUGGGGCAUGCAGCGGCAAGGGUGGGGGCAGCAGGGCGUGGGGCGGCCCGGGGAGGUGGCUACCGCUCUUUUCAGGCGGGGUUGAUGGCUGAGAUGGCAACCAUGGAGGCGGAGGAGGGGGUGCAGGAGCUGAACAAAGUGGACCAAUAUGUGUUAAAGGGGAGGCAGGAGGAUGUUUGCCCCUUAGUAUACUAG